AUGGCUGAUCGUACUAAGAAUAGGGGUGAUGGUGAAAAUAGUGGAAAUGGAAAUAGGGGCAAUAGGGACAAUAAUGGUCAUGAGGAAAAUAACGGACCUAGGAAUAAUGGUGAAGAUCAGAGGAGUCUUAGAGAAAUAAACAACUCUACUGUGAAUUUUGAUCCUCAUGGAGAUGACCCCUACGGACACAUUGAGACCAUGAUGAUGGUGUGUUCCACCAUGAAGCCCCAAGGUGCUGAUGUCGAGGAAGUUUUGAGGAGAACCUUUCAUUUCACCAUGGAAGGAAAAGCUAAAGAAUGGUUAAGAACACUUCCUCAGCACUACACUACACUUACGUGGGAGCAACUCAAGACAGCAUUUCUUGAAAAGUUCUUUCCUGCAUCCCGAUCUUCUAAGCUUAAGAAAGCUAUUUUUGGUGCACAACAAGAUGAAGGAGAAUCGUUUUAUGAAUAUUGGACUAGGUUUCUCACCAUGAUGGCUCGUUGCCCUAAUCAUCAGAUUUCCAAAUCUAAUUUGGUUCAGUAUUUCUAUGAGGGUCUUUUGCCACUUCAUCAGAGAACUAUUAAUGCUGCUGCUAAUGGUUCGAUACUCGAUCUCACUCCACAAGGUGCCUGGGACUUAUUUGAGAAAACUGCUACAAAUGAUCAACAGUAUGGCACUAGAGACAAGCAUGUUUGCCCAUCCAGAAUUGAGGAAGUUUCUGCAAUGUAUCAAGGUCGCACUAACAAUCAGAAAUGGGACCCAUAUUCCAACACAUACAAUGAGGGGUGGAGAGACAACCCUAGAUUUAGUUGGAGGAAUAAUGAGGCUAGAGGACAGAAUCAUUUUUCACAAGGCAAUGUUGGAUCUGGUAUUCCUUCUAACCAGUUUCAAGACACCUCAAGAAUGGUUAUUCCACUCCAGGAUAAUUCACUCUCUCAACCAAAGAGUGAUGAGACCAGCCAACUUCUGAAGAGUAUGUCUGCUCAGCUUAAUAAUAUGGAUAACCGAUUAAGGGAAGAUAAGGCCCUGAAUGACAGCCAAUUCUCCUCUAUUGCUUCGAUUCUCCAAAAGAUGCAGGGUGAUAAGGUGAAUGAUAGUGCUCAAUUGACAAACCUUUGUAAAAGGUUUGAGGCAUUGGAAAUGAAGAAUAACACUUUGACAUCUCACCUGACUCAAGUUUCCAAUACUGUGAGCGAUUUGCAAGCCAAGAAUGGGGGUGGACUACCCUCAAAUACUGUGAUCAAUCCCAAAUCCCUUAAUGCCAUCAAUCUGAGAAGUGGGAGGGUGGUCAAAUUCUCUAAUGAGGAUGACGAAGAAGUUGAUGAGGAAAUUGAAUGUGAUAGCCUCCGUUAA